AUGAUCAAGCUUCGAAAGAUUGGUCCCGAUGAAUGGGAGAUAUGGAAACAUCAAAGACUGGCUGCGCUUACAAAAGCACCCUAUGCAUUCUCAUCAAAACUCGCAGACUGGGAGAAUGUGUCUGAACAACGGUGGCGCGACCGGCUUAGCAUCCACGGCGGCUACCAAGUGGUUGCUUCUCUCCAAGACACGAUAGUGGGCAUGGCCGGGGGGGUUCUACUUCCCGAGCCUGGGGUAGCAGAGCUUAUAUCCAUGUGGGUAGCCCCCUCUGCACGAGGUCGUGGUGUGGGGGACGCACUAAUAGCUGAUGUUGAGGAAUGGGCCUACGGCACUGGUGCUACCAUUCUUCAACUAUCUGUGGCGGAGAAUAAUUACCCAGCUCUUAAGCUAUACUUCCGGAAUGGGUUUGUCGAUGUUGAGCUUAAGACUAGUGAUAUGGAGAUCAAUGAUAUGUACUCUGAGCGGGUUAUGGUAAAGAGAAAGCCAUCGGUUUAG